GUUUGUCAUUAUCAUAUCAUUCAGUGCGAAAAACAGUGACGUUUUCACGACGCUUUGGAGUCGUUCGUUCUUCCUUCUUUCUCUUUGAUUCGUGUCGCCAUUUUGUGUGGUUAAGUUCGCAUUGCGCAGGCAUUUAAAAUUAGUAAUUUUCAUAGUAAUCGUAAAAGGUGUGUAUCUUCUUGAGGUUGUGCUUUGUUCGUGUACUUAUAUUAGUUUAAGGUAAGUAAUUUUUACCAUCAAUCCCAGUCGUAUUCGUUAUUUUACUUCUUUUCUUAUUUUCACGGUAUUGCAAACUUCCAUUACCCAUUGUCAUGGACGCUGCUGACUCAUUUCGUCAAAUUAUGUAUGCGUUUCAGAGUCUAAAAUGCCGGGCGCCGGUACUUUCAAAAUCUUCGUCGGGAAUCUUUCCGAUAAAACAACGGACGCCGAUCUUAGACCGCUAUUCGAAAAGUACGGUACGGUCGUAGAAUGCGAUAUCGUCAGAAAUUACGGUUUCGUACACAUGGAAAACGAACAAGUUGGCCGCGAAGCCAUACAGAAUUUAAACGGAGAGAUAGUUCAUGGCCAAGCCAUCAAAAUAGAAGCCGCCAAGAGUCGAAAGGCCCCGUCGACGCCGACCACAAAAAUAUUCGUCGGUAACCUAACGGACAAGACGCGCGCGCCCGAAGUCCGCGAGCUGUUUCAGAAGUUCGGCACGGUUGUCGAGUGCGAUAUAGUUCGUAACUAUGGCUUCGUGCACUUGGACGCGUCGGGUGACGUGAACGAAGCUAUCAAAGAACUGAACGGUAUGAUGGUGGACGGACAGCCCAUGAAGGUGCAGCUGUCUACGAGCCGCGUCCGCCAGCGGCCGGGUAUGGGCGACCCCGAGCAGUGCUACCGCUGCGGUCGGGGUGGCCACUGGUCCAAGGAGUGCCCCAAGGCGCUGGGCCCUGACCGGAACGGUUUCCGCGAUCGAGCAUUCGGCCGCGACCCCUACCCUCCGCCGCCGCCGCCGCCGUUCCUUCGCGAUCGCAUGAUGGGAGGAUUUGGGGAUCCCUAUGACGGAUACUAUGAUCGCGCGAGGUUCGAGUCACCUCGUGACCUCUUCGAGCGCCGUUACCCAGUGGGCGCUUCGCGCGGGUUAGAGAUGGGAGCAUCUCGCGGCGGUCGCGGGGACUUCGUGUCGCCGCCGCUUCGCCGCGAGCCUAUGCCACCAAUGCCGAGUCUGCCACCGAUGCGCAGUGGGAUGGGAUCUAUGAGGUCGUCGUAUGAUGCUAUGUACAGCAGGAGAAGUCCCCCUCAAGGGCCUCAAAUGUCCCGGGGAAUGUAUGAAGACUUCAGUCGUGACACAUUUGAUGAUAGAAGACCGGGAAUGCGAGGACCUUCUCCCUCCAGAAGAUACGCGCCUUACUAGGUUAAUAUUAAUAAUUUAGAUAUAGUUGUCCAACGCUCAGUUGCAAUCAAUUUGUAAUUUUUUGACUGGCUGACCGAUAGUACUGUUUUAUAGAGGAUACAAAAUGUAUUAGUUAAGGUGGGAGUGACUGAUUUGCUAUUUCCACAAGUAUGAUUGUAAUGGAAGAUUAAUGAAUGAAUGUACUGUGCCUGAAUGUAAAUAAGUGAAAUAAAUAUCAUUUUAAGUACACUAAGUGUUUUCAUUG